GGCGCGCCUGUCCGGAGCUCGGCGGCGGCGGCAGAGGCGGCGCCGGAGGAGGCAGAGGCGGCGACGGGCCCGGACGAGCGCCCGGAGGUGGCGGACGAGGCGCCGGGGGCCCCCAUGGGCGGGUGUGUGGGCGCCCAGCACGACUCCUCGGGCAGCCUCAACGAGAACUCGGAGGGCACCGGAGUCGCUUUAGGUCGUAACCAGCCUUUGAAAAAGGAGAAACCCAAAUGGAAAAGCGAUUAUCCCAUGACAGAUGGACAACUGCGCAGCAAAAGAGAUGAAUUUUGGGAUACUGCACCAGCUUUUGAAGGCCGUAAAGAGAUUUGGGAUGCCUUGAAGGCUGCAGCACAUGCUUUUGAAAGCAAUGAUCAUGAACUGGCACAGGCAAUCAUUGAUGGUGCGAACAUAACGUUACCACAUGGUGCACUUACGGAGUGCUAUGAUGAACUGGGGAAUAGGUAUCAGCUUCCAGUCUACUGCUUGGCACCACCAAUCAACAUGAUAGAGGAAAAGAGUGACAUAGAGACUCUGGAUAUUCCUGAGCCACCACCCAAUUCGGGGUAUGAAUCUCAGCUCCGUUUGCGCCUUUCAACUGGCAAGGACCUCAAACUUGUGGUCCGCAGCACAGACACAGUGUACCACAUGAAGAGGCGGCUACAUGCAGCAGAAGGAGUGGAGCCGGGCAGUCAGCGGUGGUUCUUCUCUGGCAGACCUCUCACCGACAAAAUGAAGUUGGAAGAGCUGAAGAUCCCAAAGGACUAUGUUGUACAGGUUAUAAUGAGCCAACCUUUGCAAAACCCAACACCAGUUGAGAACUGAACUGGUCCUGUUGGCUGUCCCCAGAUCCCUCCUGCUCCUUUUUAUUGUUGUUGUUAUCAUUCCCUUCUCUAUGGCGUGAAAUUUAUUUUCACUGCUCUGAAUUCCUUAUGAAUGGAUUUAGUUCUGAGGAAUUACCAGUGAAAACUUCCAUCUGUGAUGGAGACCAACACAAAUAAUUAAUAAAACACAAAGAGCCAGCCUUUGAGACUCAUGUAAUUACAGUUUCUAAUUCAAGAGGCAGUUAAGAAAUAGAUAACCAUUUAUUUUAAAAUACCCAACUAUAUAAUGGCUGUAUUUAAAUGAUUUGGACUGUAAAUAGAACAUUGCAUCCAUGCAGAACAGCACCAAGCACCUGUGAAUACAGAAUUCUUAAAAAAUAAAUCAAAUACAAUUUCCAGAAAUCAUCAAUAACAGUUAUAAAACUUGAGCUUUUUAAAAUGGAAACUGAAAAGAGCAGUACUUGAGGUUCUCUUCUUUUCUGGUCUUAAUUCCUUGCUCAAUUAAUAUUUAUCCAUAAAGGAGUAGAGACUGGCAAAUUGUGUUUCAGUAUUGCUUUCCCCAUCCCCAUAUGUUGAGCUCCUUGUUUACAUUCACACUAAAUUUUGGUGCCUUCCAGCACGUUGGUGGCAGGCACCUUUUUGGAACACUAGGCAAUAAUUUAGUCAGUGCAUUCAGAUCUCUGACUUCCAACUGAUAACUUAGUUGAAAAGUCUAUUGUCCUCUUGCUGCAUAGGUAUUUUGAAAUGUCUGUAUAAUGAAGCUGUUUCAUAUCCAGGCUUAGAAGGACACUACUAUGUAAUACCUUCAUUGAUUUACCUACUCUGCUUAGAACUUUUCAGAGCUAACUGUGCCCCCAAAUGCAUGGAUAUGCAUGGAAUCAAGUACAGCUGGGAAUGUACUUGAAUCAUUCCAGGGAUUCAAGGGAAUCCCAGGGAAUGCACGGAAUCAAGUACAGCUGUUUCUACUGUAGGAUAAUAAAGUAAUUAUCUCUUCUCCCCCAGUUUGCAGGAAGGGUGUAAGGAAAACCCAUUCUGUCUGUGCCUGGGAGAAUUGUGCCUGUCUUCAAUCUUUUAGAAAAAAUUUCAACUCAUAAUUUGCUAGAGUGAAAGAUUUACUGACAUCACUUAAACAUCGACAGUGAGACCAACUGAUGAUACGUUGCUUUAUACUUUAGUGCUUUCCAUAGUUCACUGUUAACCUGUAGUUGUGGUGGAUGAGAAUUUUCCUCUCUCAUCUUUCCUAGCAAAGAGGCAAAUUAAGAAGCAUCUGCAGAUUAUAUUAGAGGACUGAAAAAUUUGGUGAGAUAACCUGAUUCUUCUGUACUAGGACUGGAAUAAAGCUGCCAAGGAUUAUAUUUAAUUUGGAGCCUUUUCAAGGUUGGUCCCAUAAGUGAGAAGGGGGCUACCACGUGAUUUCUGAAUCCCUGAGAAUCCAUGAGAUGGAAAAGUAGAGGCAAGAAGGCACUUACGUUGUUCUCAAAUGAGAAAUAAUCAAACCUUCACAUGUAUUUUGGAUGUGAAGCACCAUUAUUAAUUUUAAUGGCAAAAUGAAACGAUUUAGUUUAAAUGUAAUGUUUAAAAUACUAUUAAAUUUCCUAUAGCCUGAUUGCACAUAAUAUCUAUAAUUGUAACAUGUUUCUGAGAGCUUUAACUGCUUCUCUUUUUCAUGCAAUCAUUUUAAAGAUUGUGGCUACAUUUAAUUUAGAUUUACUGAUAAUUGAAUCUAAAUUUAAGAGGCAACAGCAGCAUUAAUUCCAAAGGAGUACUUUUAUAUAUGGAGGUGGAGAUAUGCGAGGGUAUUUCAAUAUAAUGCCCCUGUCAUCAGAAUGUUUGCUUAUUAAUUUGUGUGCUACAUUGAACAGCAACAUCUCUCAAAGUUUGUCAACUGGAGGACAAAAAAGUGUUCAAAUCUAUUUUUCUUAAGUAAAUUUGGUGAUAUAAUAAUCUAUAGUUGGUAGAAGUUUUUUUGUUGAGGAUUUGAGCUCUCUCAAUAGUUUAUUUUAUUUUAAAGGAACAUGUACUUUGAAUAACAAUUUUCUGGGCAUUUAACUAACCUAGGUGAGAAAACCAUGGUGCUGUUUAAUUGUAAAUAGCUUGAUAUAAGAUUGGACCAAUACUUGAUGUGUACAAUUUUAGUAUGUAGGGUUUUUGUGCUUUUUUUAAAAAAAAAGUUCAAUUUUUCUCUCUGUCUUUGCCUUUAUUCUGGGUUUUUAAUUAUUAUUACUCUCCACAAUAAGGGUAAUCUGCUUCAUUCUGAUAAAAACCUCUAAAAAGGUUUUUCCCCUUUUUAAAACCUCCCAGCUCAGUAACUACCAAGUUCAUUACUACCAAACUUAGGCUCUGCUAUGUCAAACCAUACAUGGUCAUUUAUAGAUAUACUUUAUUUGCUGCAUUGAAAUCUUGGUCUCAAAUAGGUUGUUGUUUUUUUCUUUUAAGAAUCAUGCUGUAAACCAAAACCCAUAAUUCAGUUUUUCAGAAGCACUGAGCUCAUUUCUUUAUCCAUUUUGGAUCAAAGUGGUAGGCUUUGAUUGUUAAUUUUUAUUUAAAAUAAGUGAUACAUACACAUGGGAAAAACAAUCCAAACAUACCGAAGUGAAAAGUCUCUCUGAAGAUGCCUGUUCUUCAUCUCCCAUUUAUUCUCCCCAGAGGUAACAGCUGUUCCCAAUUUUCUGGAUAUCUUUAAAGAUGCUCUACCACAGUGGUUCUCAAACUUCAGCAUGCAUCAGAAUUACCUGGAAGGCUUAUUAAAACACAGAUUGCUGUGCUCUUUCCACAGAGGUUCGGAGUUAGUAGGUCUGAGUGAGGUCCAAUAAUUUGCAUUUCUAGAAGUUCUCAGGUGAUGCUGCUGCUGCUAGUCUGGGGAUCCCAAUGUGAGAACCACUAUUUUAGUGUAUGUGAGUAUACUUACCCGCCCUACCCUGUUUUUUCCAUAAAUAACGUAUGCUAUUCUAUACAUUUGAUUUUUCUCUAAAAUGGUUAAUCUUAGAGAUUGUUCCAUAUAUGUUGAGCUAGAUCUGCUUCAUUCCUCUUACAGGCGCAGUAGUAUUCCAUUGUCUGGAGUACCACAGGUCAGUCUGGCUGUUUCUAGUCUUUUGGUACUAUAAACCAUGCUACUGUGAAAUGUCCUUUUCUACAGCUGCAUCUUUACGUCUAUGUACAUUGCUACAUCAAACAGUAUAUACAUUUAGGGAGUAGACGCUGAAUUGCCCUCCAAAUAGAUUUUAACCAAUUUAAUACUAUAGCAAUAUGACUGCUCUUAUUUUCCUAUACCCUGACCAACUUUUUAAAAAAAUAUAAAUGUAUUUAUUUAUUUAUGGCUGCAUUGGGUCUUUGUUGCUGCUCACGGGCUUUCUCUAGUUGUGGUGAGCGGGGGCUACUCUUAGUGGCGGUGUGCAGGCUUCUCGUUGAGGUGGCUUCUCUUGUGGUGGAGCACCAGCUCUAGGCGUGCAGGCCCAGCUGUUGUGGCACUCAGGCUCAGUAGUUGUGGCUCGCGGGCUGCAGAGCGCAGGCUCAGUAGUUGUGGCACACGGGCUUAGUUGCUCUGCGGCGUGUGGGAUCCUCCUGGACCAGGGCUUGAACCCGUGUCCCCUGCAUUGGCAGGCGGACUCUUAACCACUGUGUCACGAGGGAAGUCCCUGACCAACUUACUGAUCUUUGACAGUCUAGGUGGAAGCCUGUGUCAUGUGGUUUUACUUUGUGUUAUGGGAUCUUAGUUCCCCGAUCAGGGAUUGAACCCGUGGCCUCGGCAGCAAAAGCACGGAGCCCUAACCACUGGGCCGCCAGGGGAUUCCCGCUAGCUCCAUUUAGUUUUUGUAGAACCGUUGUGGGGAAGACAAAAGUUUUGGCUGCUAAGCAUUACUCAUAAGUGUGUUAUCGAAAUCUCAUGACUAUUAGAGUAAAUAUAGAGAAUGUUCAUAGUAAUUAAUAUAAUUUCAGUUAUUACGUGUGACUUAUGAAUGACAGUCUUAGGCAGUAUUCUUGUCUGUUGCACAUUGACAAAGUGAUUUUUGAUUAUUAAGUGCUCUGGAACUCACUGAAUGCCUUAUGGUCAGUUAUAUUGCAUAUAUUGUUCCCUUAAGAAAUUCUUGGUUUAUAGUAAAUGAGCUGUAUUUCUUUAAUCACCAAACACGUCCCUCAGAAAUCUAUGGUAGAAGGAGAUGUGGUAAUUAGCAUUAGGUAGAAGGGGUUUCUGAGCCAGUGAAACGCCAGCUUAAAACUUAAACAGAAUCUGCUAAGACUGAAGUGAGUUACUCAAAUUUCUUGUUCUCAGUGCAAGCGUCUAAUUGACCUUGAAUUUGAACUCUGGUCCUGCCACUAGUGAGUCAUUAAGAACCUUGGGUAAGGUUCUUAAUCUUGACACCUCAAUUUCCUCAUCUGUAAAUUGAGGAUAACACUUAAUUCGCAGGGUUAGGGGAUAAAUAAAGUCAUGGUCUAAAGCCCCUGCCUGACCCAUUGCAAGCACUUACUCAGUGGUAGUUAUCAUCAUUAACAUCACAGUAGUCAGGGAGGAUUCACAAAUCCCAUGCUAAAGACACUUAAAAAUUAUUCAAGGCAUUAAUUAUACAAAAAAAUAGACUUAUACAAGGGCAUGUAAUAAUUAUUUUACCCUAGUAGAUUUGGUACAGUUGCUUAAGCACUUAACUCAUCAAAGAGUAAUUUAAAUUCUAGGAAGAACACAGUCCCCAUAUCCUUAAAAGUCAGUUUCCCUCAUGGUUGGAGGCGCUUCGCCAUUUGCCAAUUUGAAGUUUGUUUUAGCCUAAGGAGUGGGAGAAUUAGAAUUCUGAAAGUAUUGGACCACUAGUGACAAAUGUUAGGAAAGCAUCACCUUCCAACUGCUUGGCUCCAGUAAGAGUUGGUAAUUAUUUGGAUACACAGGGACCUAAUGGACAGAGUUGAUCUGAAAAGCAGCAGCAGAGUUGGGACGUGUCAACAAAGAGAAAGUUUUUACUUCACAUUACAUAACUGUGAGUCAUUUGUGAGGUCUAAAGGUUAUUAAAGUUAAGAAUAUGCUGAUUGAGGAGUGCUUAUCUGAACCCCGCAUGUGUAAAACUCAAUUUAAAGAUAUCUACUUUGAUGUUCUAAAUUUAUUUUUAGAGAUGUUAACAAUUGCAGUUACUUAUACUUUCAAAAUCAUUUAUUCCAAGAAGACUCUCUCUUUGGCUCAC